GGCUCGACGCCGCUUCACUGGGCUUCUAUAUACGGCCACGAUACGGUCGUACAGCGGCUUCUCAAGGCUGGCGCCGAUGUGAAUACCAAGAACGAGAAUAGCUUGACGCCGCUUCACUGGGCUUCUGAGAAGGGCCACGAUACGGUCGUACAGCAGCUUCUUGAGGCCGGCGCCGAUGCGAAUGCUAAGGAUAAGGAUGGCUGGACGCCGCUUCACGAAGCUUCUAGGGAGUGCCAUAAUACGGUUAUACAGCAGCUUCUCGAGGCCGGCGCCGAUACGAAUACUAAGGAUAAUGAUGGC